AUGGCUCCCAAGAUCGCCGCCGCCCUGGCCGGAGUGCAGCUCCUCUUCCUCAUCACGUCGCUCGGCCUGCUCGCCUACAUCAUCUCCAAGUUCACCGAGGCGACCAAGUUUAUCAACAACUUUAACCCGCAGUCGGCCAUCGCCGCCCUGUCGCAGGGCAAGCUGCCCGAGAUCCCUGAGACGUUCGAGGUGUUCGGCGGCUACGAGAAGCUCGGUGUGACGCCCGCCCAGCUCGCCUCGGGCAACCUCUCGGCGCUGCUGCCCCUCCUCGGCCGCCUCAACGGCGUCCUCAAGAUGUUCAAGGACAUGCUCACCGUCCUCACCGCCCUCGGCUCCGUCACGCUCGCCUACAACGUCCUCUGCAUCUUCACCGCCGCCUGGGUCCUCUUUGCCGCCCUCAAGAACUCGGGCGCCCGCUCCGCCGUCAUCUGCUACUGGAUCAACCACUUCCUCUUCUUCGUCUUCGGCAUCGCCUUUAUCGCCUACACGGGCGUCAAGUCCGAGAAGGGAACCUCGAUCUUCUACGCCUUCGUCGCCAUGUGGGUCCUCGCCGUCGUCGCGGGUUUCGGCGUCAUCGCCACCUCGCUCGGCAUGCUCCGCGGCUCCUCGUCCGCACCGCACUCGUCGGUCGAGAUGCGCGAAAAGGAGGGCUCCGUCUAG